AUAAUUUAGCAGCGAGUUAAAUUUAUAGGUUGGCCAUUUCGUUGUCUGAAUUUAAUUGAAAUUUAAAGUUUACAUUUAUCAGCAGGUUUUUGGGACAAUUUUCAUAUUUAAUAAUAAUGACUUUAGUUAACUAACUAACUAUUCUGCGUCAUUAAAUAAUGAGUCAUUAUUAUUAAGUAUAGUUCGUUUUAGUUUAGUUAGUACUAUGUGAGCGACUAAUUAUUAUUAUCCACAGCUGAUAAAUACUAGUGCUAUUAACUAAACUAAAUAUUGUAUUGUGUCAUUUAUUUUGAAUCGACGACUGACUAAACAAAGUAGUUAAUUAACUUUAAAUUCGUCAUCUUGUUUUGUUGGUGUCAGCAAGUUCAAAAUUCAAGAAAUGACAUCAUACUCGUCACUUUACCAAACUACAAGUGAAGUUAAUUAAAUACUAAAAUUAGUUAAAAUUUUAACGACAACCGGAAGUUACAAAGGUCACAAAUUUCCUCAAAACCACAAGAGAUGACCACGACCACACACACACACGCCAAACUAUCGUCACACAUCGUCAUAAAAACAAUAACAACGAGGACAAUACCUCCAGGAAUUUAAAUAUUAGUUAAUUAAACAAUACUUUAAUUAAGUGGAUGACGUCAAUUGCCAAUUAUAAUUACGAUGACGGAUUCCAAAAUGACAUCAAUUUUCGCUACAUUCCGUCGCCCCAAGAAGAAGGAUUCUCUCUCGGGUGGUGGGGACAGCUUGGGACAGAAACCUUCGUCCGUGUUCUCUUCGACGCCUAAUCUCCUAAAAAUCGACCAGAAUCGGAUCCACCCCAAGAACAAGGUGCUAGUCGACAAUAAUUCGUCGUCAUCGUCGAAAUCUUCUGCGACGGGAUGGGGUGGAUUUGAUCAUCGGAGGGCGAGCUUGUCGAAGGCGACGACAAUGGAAUCCAUAACAAUGGGGCCUACGCCACCACCACCACCGCCGCCGCCUUCCGUGGGGAUGUCGACAAGCCUUAAAAAAUCAGCGGGGGGCGGGUCGAUGCGACGUUUCAUGUCAAUGGCAAAUAUCCUGGGGUCGUUGAAAAGGUCAAAGUCGAUACGAAGAUUGGGUUGGGAAUCUACUUCGAACGUUGCCUCAUCACUACCCGUGUCGAAAGAUUCAUCGCCAGGCCCACAUGUCGCAAAAUCUGCAGAAUUUCUAGACCAAGACGACUCCUCGUCGAUAUCAUCAUCUUCCCGUCGUCUGCACGCGAAUAAACCUUGGUUGGCGAAAUCGUCGCCGAACACGGAGCCUGGCGUGGCCAGUAGUAGUGAAUCCUCCUCGGAAAAUUCUUCCCUGCAAGACGCCACCUCAAUCCGGGCAAGUUCGGAACGAUAUUCUGAAUUCGGGAGCGAUUUUGAGGACGAGGUGACCCCAAAAGAUCCCGCAGACCUUGAAAGAAAGAAAAAUAUUUUGAUUGGGACGAAGAAAUUUAAUAUGGAGGCGAAAAAAGGGAUUGCGUUUUUAGUGGAGAAAGGAAUUCUGGAGUAUACGGCGGAUGAUGUUGCUCGGUUCAUCAAGCACGGUUACGGCUUGAGCAAGGCGUCCAUCGGAACUUAUCUCGGGGAGCGGAUCGACUUCAACGAAGCCGUUUUAAAAGCCUUCGUCGAUUUGCACGACUUCAAAGAUCUCAUCCUCGUCCAAGCCUUACGCCAAUUUCUCUGGGCGUUUCGUCUUCCGGGAGAGUCGCAAAAAAUUAGCAGGAUGCUCGACGCCUUUGCGGAACGAUAUUGUCGCAAUAAUCCCGACCUUUUCUCAGCCGAUACCUGCUCCGUCCUUUGCUACUCAAUUAUCAUGCUCAACACGGAACUUCACAAUCCGAACGUAAAGGACAAAGUGAGUCUGGAACAGUUUAUCCGACGUAACCGAGGGAUUGAAGGGGGCGAAGGGUUCACUCACCAGUUUAUGACAUCACUUUACAAUUCCAUCCUCUCCGAACCCUUCCGUUUCCCCGAAGAGGACGGAAACGACCUCAUGCUCACCUUCUUCAAUCCAGACUAUGAAGGCUGGCUAUAUAAAUUUGGGGGUCGUCCUAAAUCUUGGAAACGUUUGUGGUUCAUCCUGUCGAACAAUUGCCUCUACUACUUCAAGUUCACCACGGACAAGACGCCGUUGGGGAUCAUCCCCCUGGAAAACAUUCUCGUUCAGGUCCCCCCAGAAAAGCCGACCAGCAAGCAGAAGGCCUUCGUCCUCUACAAAGACUCACCCGACCCCUCGAUCGUUGACCUUAUCAAAACCUGCAAAACAUUACCGGGCGGGCAAACCGUUCCCAGACUUUACAAUUCCAUCCAACUCGGCACACCCGACCGGAAGGAGCGUGAACACUGGGUCCGUGCCAUUAACGCUAACCAUUCCAUGUCACGAUUCUACUCGGACCUCGCCCGCAAAAAGAACCAAGCCAAGAACCCUUCUUCUUCCACCCUGAACGUCCGCAAGUCACAAAUCGGCGCCCCCUCCAGCACCUUCACUACCGCCGACGACCUACCUCCUCUCCCACCCGAAGUGCUCCUCGACCCGAACAAAGAUCCCAACAAUUUCUUCGCGGCGAAAAACCUCAGCGCAAUUUCCCUCGUGAAUCCUGAACCUCUCGAGCACUACCCCACCGCCACCGAUGACCCAAGAACCCGAUCAAGAUCGGAAGGUCGUCUCUACAACGGAAGACGGAAAGGAUCCCUCGAACGCGGUCCGUCCUCCGCACUCUCGGUGGAAAUGAGGUCCCGAUCAAAUUCCAAAUCCCCCCUGUUUCGCGAUAAGAACCGUCACGGAGUGAAGGUCGACGAUUCGAUGGAGUCACAAUUUUACGUCCCUAGUCAACACGUCACGACCACAGAACCAGUCCCACUCAGAAGGGAGCAGAUAUCUGCCACACCCAACCCCACAAUUCCCCCUCCCGCCAUUUACGACAAGUACAAAAAACUUUCCAUGAUUAACGAACUAUGCGCGAGAUCUGGCAGCAUUUCGUCGUCGUCGUCGUCAUCGUCCGAUGAUUACUUCCACGCGAAGAGAAAGACGUCACUUGUCGUGGUCACGGAUCCCCCAGCGUCGUCGAUCACGCCCACGAGUGAUACUCCUAGUCCGAUAAUCCUCUCGAUACCGAGACCCUCGUCGUCAUCGUCUUCUAGUGACGACAGUGACUCGAGUGGUGGUGGUGGUGACGAUGGCGAUGAUGACGCCCACACUGAAUUUGAGUACCGCGUCCUCACCAGCGAUCAAGACGACGGUGGUGGUGGUGGCGGAAAUCUGUCCUCGUCGAGAACAAAUCUUUUGUCGACAAGUCAAGAUUUUUUGUUGGACGAUCCUCCCAACCAAAUUCAGAUUAUUGACUGUAGCAAGGCUCACGUUAGGACGAAGUCGGUGGAUUUAAUGUGCAUUGAUGAUGAGGACGACGAGGUCACGAAAGGUGCUGACGAUGACACUAAUUUUUACGAGAAUCCUAAUCCUCAAAUAUAUUUCCAAAAUAGUAUUUACGAGUCAAACGUAUAGGGAAAAAAUGAUGUGAUAACUAGUUAUCAAAUGUGAUACCGUAAUUUCUUAGGAUAAGGGUAAAGUCAGUCGCCAAACCGGAAUUCAAAAUGAUAAUAAUUAAUGACGCCAACUCAGACAAACUGCCUCAAAUUUUAGACCCGCACGAAAUAACGAUUUAGCAUGAUUGAUAGAAUUUUAUAUUUAUCUAGUAAUUUAUUUUAUCGUGAUAAUUUAGAUAUUUGAAUUUAAAUAAGGAGAAAAUAAAGCUUGUUGUAUGUAAAUAAUAUUUUAAAGAAAAGAAGUUGUUUCAUACAAAAACUGAAAUACAAAAUUCCACAAAUUAUCAUAAUACAAUUUUUUUAAUAAAUGAAAAGAAACCAUGAUAUCAAAAA